ACAUUACCCGCAAAAGAUUAUAUCCUUGUGCUCUUCUAUUAUUUUCCGCUCAGAGGCUCAUCCGGAUAUGAUCGGAAGUGAUGGGGUGGCUACACCUGAGAAUUACCAGAAAGAUCUCGAGUAUUUGAAGCGAAAGGUUGAUGCUGGAGCUGAUCUAAUUAUCACUCAACUGUUCUAUGACACUGAUAUUUUUCUCAAAUUUGUGAAUGACUGCCGCCAAAUAGGGAUUAAUUGUCCUAUUGUUCCUGGAAUUAUGCCCAUUAAUAACUACAAAGGCUUCUUACGAAUGACUGGCUUUUGCAAAACAAAGAUACCAGCUGAGGUUACUGCUGCAUUGGAGCCUACUAAGGACAAUGAGGAAGCAGUCAGAGCCUAUGGAAUUCACCUUGGAACAGAAGUGUGCAAGAAGAUUUUAGUUUAUGGCAUUAAGACAUUGCAUCUUUAUACUCUAAACAUGGAGAAAUCAGCACUGGCUAUAUUAAUGAAUCUUGGUUUGAUUGAUGAGUCCAAGAUAACAAGGUCAUUACCAUGGCGACGCCCUACAAAUGUUUUCUGUGCAAAGGAAGAUGUUCGUCCUAUAUUUUGGGCUAAUCGUCCCAAGAGCUACAUAUCAAGAACCUUGAGCUGGGAGCAGUACCCACAUGGCCAAUGGGAGGAUUCUUGCAAUCCAUCCUAUGGUGCUUUAACUGACUAUCAGUUCAUGCGAGCAUGUGCCUGUGACAAGAAACUUCACGAUGAAUGGGCAACUCCAUUGAAUAGUAUUGAAGAUAUUCUUGAGAAAUUUAAAAAACACUGCCUUGGGAAGUUGAAAAGUAGCCCUUGGUCAGAAUUGGAUGGCCUUCAACCAGAGACAAAGAUCAUUAAUGAACAACUUGGCAAGAUCAAUUUGAAGGGAUUCUUGACUAUCAAUAGUCAACCAGCAGUCAAUGGGGAAAGAUCUGAUUCUCCAUCUGUUGGUUGGGGAGGACCAGGAGGAUAUGUUUAUCAGAAAGCUUAUUUGGAGUUCUUCUGCUCCACUGACAAGCUACAAGUUCUUGUUGACAAGUGCAAGUCCUUCCCUCUAAUAACUUAUAUGGCGGUGAACAAAGGAGGGACUUUGGUAUCCAAUGUCGGUACAAAUGAUGUGAAUGUGGUAACCUGGGGAGUCUUCCCAGCAAAACAGAUUAUCCAACCAACUGUUGUUGAUCCCGCCAGCUUCAAUGUGUGGAAGGAUGAGGCUUUUGAAAUCUGGUCUAGAGGUUGGGCUUCCUUGUACCCAGAGGAUGAUCCAUCUAGAAAAAUGCUUGAAGAGGUGCAGAGCGGCUACUUUUUGGUCAGCUUGGUAGAUAAUGAUUACAUACAUGGUGAUAUUUUUGCAGUAUUUGCAGAUUUAUGAGGCUAGCUGCUGCACGCAGCUCCUCCAUUUUCUAAGAUCCCAUUAGAGCCACUCAAAAUGGUGUAUUUAUUAUAAGACUAAUGAUAGCUGUGUUUCAUUUUGGCGUUUUUGAAUUCUUCAUGAUAUGUAAUAAUAAUUCAUUGGGAUUUUGGUACCUCCCGCUGGGUUAUGGUACAAAAGCCAUUUCAAGUGGCGGCAAAAUUACUGGCCUAAAGCAUAUGUGUUAUUACCAUUCUUGAUUGAGUUGUCAUAAAGCUGAAGCUAUAGAUUUUACCCUUUGAUAA